AUGUCGUUAACAAACUCUCGCUUCUACGAGGAGAAGUAUCCCGAGGUGGAUAGCUUUGUCAUGGUCAAUGUCAAGCAGAUUGCCGAGAUGGGUGCCUACGUCAAGCUCCUAGAAUACGACAACAUUGACGGCAUGAUUCUCCUGUCGGAACUUUCGCGCCGACGUAUCCGUAGUAUUCAGAAGCUCAUCCGUGUCGGCCGGAAUGAGGUUGUUGUGGUCCUUCGUGUGGACAAGGAGAAGGGCACGCGUCGUGUGUCGCCCGAGGAUAUCAUCAAGUGCGAGGAGCGCUACAACAAGAGCAAGAUGGUGCACUCCAUCAUGCGCCACGUCGCCGAGAAGACCAACAUCCCCAUCGAGCAGCUCUACGAGACGAUAGGAUGGCCGCUCAACCGCAAGUACGGCCACGCCAUCGAUGCUUUCAAACUCUCCAUCACCAACCCCGAGAUCUGGAACGAGAUCGAGUUCCCUUCGCAGCCCGUCGCCGACGAGCUGAAGCUGUACAUUAGCAAACGUCUGACACCCCAGCCCACCAAGGUUCGUGCCGAUAUCGAGGUUACGUGCUUCGGCUACGAGGGUAUAGACGCCGUCAAGGCGGCCCUUCGCACAGCCGAGGAGAAGAACAACGACGAGACGCAGGUCAAGGUCAAGCUCGUUUCGCCGCCGCUCUACGUCCUGACGAGCACGUGCCUGGACAAGACGCUGGGUAUCGCACGCCUGGAGGAGUCCAUCGUCGACAUUCGCAAGCACAUUGAAGCUGCUGGCGGCAGCCUGACGGUCAAGAUGGAGCCCAAGGCCGUUACUGAGAGCGACGAUGCCGAGCUGCAGGCUCUCAUGGAGAAGCGCGAGCGCGAGAAUGCCGAGGUCAGUGGCGACGAGAGUGUCAGCGAGAGCGACGACAACAUUCCCAACGCUCCUUGA